AUGGAGGCUGAGGUGAUUCGUGAUGCAUUGCUUCUAGCUUGCAAUCUUCGUCUUUGUAAGAUUGUGGAUCAUUCCGAUUAUCAGUCUAUGAUUCACAACGUGAAUUCUUCAAGGAUCAUCCUUCGAUUGAGCUACUGUAUGGAGAAUGCUUGUUUGAAUGAUGCGAAGGAACCUUGGGUUGGUAUGUUAUUCAAUUCAGAACAGGAAGCAUAUGAUUUUUACAACAGUUACGGGUGGGCAAUGGGGUUUAGUAUUAGGAGACACACUGUGAAUAAAAGCAAGAAAGACAAAAUGACUAGUACGUCAAGGCAGUUUGUCUGUUCGAAAGCUGGGUCUCGGCAACCAGACAAGCGAGACAAUAAUAUUACUAACCCCCAAGCUAAGAUAAGAACAAGUUGCAAAGCACAGAUGGCCAUAUGUUUGGGUGGGGAUGGAAAAUAUAUGUAUCGUGAAUUUGUGGAGGAACAUAAUUAUGAUCUUCAUACUGAUUCAACAGUUCAUAUGAUGCGUUCAUAG